AUGUCGAAAACACUCGAGGCUCGGUUUGAGCAUCUCUCCGUCAAUGACGAAAAUGAACCUCCCAACACCACCACACACUAUCAUAAAUCAAAAGGCCAACACACUACCACGGCUUCGAUAAGCUCAUCAACCUCAUCAACACAGCUGACCAGCAACCCGAACCGCUCAAAUCUACUAAAAUACGCUCUACAAAACAGCAACGGCUCGUCUCCCCGUAAGCCUCAAGGGAGUGUCAGCUUGGUUUCCUCUUCCCGUAACUCCACUGAGGAAAACCCGGCGGGCAGCCGUACUUACAUUCCCUUCUACGAUCAGCCUACCGCCCCAAAGAAAUUCCAUCUGGGAAUGUUCGAAAUUGGGAAGCCCCUUGGUAAGGGAAAGUUUGGGAGAGUAUAUCUUGCAAGAGAACGAUCGACUGGCUUCGUUUGUGCUCUGAAGGUCUUGCACAAAAGCGAGUUGGUCCAGGGCAAAGUUGAGAAGCAACUACGGCGAGAGAUCGAGAUUCAGAGCAACUUGAGACAUCCCAAUAUAUUGCGCUUAUAUGGCCAUUUCCAUGACAGCAAACGGGUGUUUCUAAUUCUCGAGUUUGCGGGGAAUGGAGAGCUGUACAAACACCUACGAAAGGAGAACCGAUUCCCUGAGUGGAAGGCUGCCCAAUAUAUCGCCCAAAUGGCUGCUGCAUUAAAAUAUCUGCACAAAAAACAUAUCAUGCACCGCGAUAUCAAGCCGGAGAAUAUACUUGUGGGCAUCCACGGCGAAAUCAAGAUAAGCGACUUUGGCUGGAGCGUACAUGCCCCAAAUAACAGGAGAAAUACCAUGUGCGGCACUUUGGACUACCUACCUCCAGAAAUGCUCAAACCUGGAUUGCAGGACAAUUACUAUAACGAGAAAAUCGACCUGUGGAGCUUGGGUGUGCUCACGUACGAGUUCCUGGUUGGCGAGGCACCGUUUGAAGACACGCCGGUCAUGACACGGCGGAGGAUAGCGAGGGGUGAGAUGAAGGUGCCGUCAUUUGUGAGCGCGGAGGCUAGGGAUCUUAUCAAGAAGUUAUUGGUCCUCGAUCCAGAACAGCGAAUUCCUCUGGAUGAGGUCCAACAGCACCCCUGGAUCAUUAAACACUGUGUCAAAGGCGAGAGGGCAGCCAAGCGAAGUUCAGGAAAUAGCCGUAGUAAAGAGUAA